AUGGAAGAACUAAUCAAAGAUAAGACAAAGUAUUUUUCAUAAGUUGAAGUAGCAUUUUUUAAAAUGUAAAUCUAUAAUAUAGAAUAGGUGGUGGAAUGAAUAGAAUAACACAAUGAAAGAUAAUGUGAAACAACUCAUAUUAAAUGAGUAACUAGAAUUUUUGAGUGGAGGAUGGUGCAUGAAUGAUGAAGCAACAACUUAUUAUGAAGAUAUUAUUGACUAAAUGACAUUAGGACAUAAAUUUCUUUUAGAAAAUUUUAACUAUAUACCCACUAUUGGAUGGUAAAUUGAUACAUUUGGGCAUUCUAAUACUCAGGCACUCUUUUCUAAUAUGAUGGGUUUUAAUGCUUGGUUUUUCGGAAGAAUUGAUCAGGAAGAUCGAUUAAAAAGAGAAAAAAACAAAGAAUUAGAGUUUGUAAUUCAUCCUGAUUAAGAAAACUCUAUUUUUACACAUGUUAAUUAUUAUGGAUAUUAUUCAUCCCCUAGAGGAUUCGAUUUUGAUAUUUCCAAUCCUAAGAGAAAUUAUGUUUCUAUUUAAAAUGUGGAAUAAAAAUCUGAAGGACUUGAUUAAUAUUUUAAAGAAUAAUAUUAAUCUUACAGAGGUAAAAUAUAGGCUCAUACUCUGGGAAUGGACUUUGNUAUAUAGAAGAAUCAAUAAAACUUCUUUGAAUAAAGUCUAAUUAUUUAUAGUUUAUUACAUUCCUAAUUUAUGGUUUUGAUUUUAUUAUCUACAAUAAUAGUAACUAAGCUAUUAUUAGAAAAAUAAACAUUGGUAUGGCAAAAGAUAGCUUCAAAUCUUUGA